CCGUUGUUGUGUGAUGUGAUGUUGUGUAAAAUUUUCAAUUUGCAAAUAAAAUAGUGAUUUGUGUUCAUUACUAUUCGCAAUGUUUUAAUUUGAAAACGAAACUGUAAACUUUACUUGCAUAAUUUAUCUCCCCUUUAUAACUCAAGCAGCAAUCCGUUGCACUUCAGAAGACCGCUACCGCUAAAAAACAUGUCUGCUCCCGAAGAAAAAGAAGUUCCUAUCGAUUGGGGUAACGAGAGGUUAAGUAGGGCUCAAAGGGCGGUGGAUGCGAACGUCUAUGAUGUGGACUCCUGGUCGCUGCUCAUCAGAGAAGCUCAGACGAGGUCCAUCGGCGAGGUCCGCUCCAUGUACGAGAAGCUGAUCACGGCUUUCCCGACGACAGGGCGAUACUGGAAGAUUUAUAUUGAGCAAGAGAUGAAGCAGAGGCACUUUGAGAGGGUGGAAAAGUUGUUCCAACGGUGUCUGAUGAAGAUUCUCAACAUAGAGCUCUGGCGGUUGUACCUCAACUAUGUGAAGGAGACCAAAUGUAUGCUGCCUACUUACAAAGAGAAGAUGGCGCAAGCUUACGACUUCGCCCUCGAAAAGAUCGGCAUGGACAUCCACGCCUACCCCAUCUGGAACGACUAUGUGACCUUCCUGAAGAGUGUGGACGCCGUCGGGUCGUACGCGGAGAACCAGAAGAUCUCUGCUGUUAGGAAGGUGUACCAAAGGGCGGUAAUAACACCUAUUGUCGGCAUAGAAACACUAUGGAAAGAUUACAUAGCUUUCGAGCAAAGCAUUAACCCUAUUAUAGCGGAACGCAUGGCCAUGGAGCGUUCCCGAGAGUACAUGAACGCCAGGCGCGUGUCGAAAGAACUGGAGACUGUCACCCGCGGCCUGAACCGCAACAUGCCCGCCACGCCGCCCACCGUCGAUAGGGAAGAGAUCAAACAGGUGGAAUUAUGGAAGAAAUACAUUUCCUGGGAGAGGUCGAACCCGCUGCGAUCAGAAGACACGGCUCUGGUCGCCAGAAGAGUCAUGUUCGCCAUUGAACAGUGUCUCCUGUGCCUGGCGCACCACCCCGACGUGUGGCACCAGGCCGCGCAGUUCCUGGACCACUCCGCCUCGCUGCACAAGGAGAAGGGGGACUCGAACGCGGCGCGUCUAUUCUCGGACGAAGCGGCAGCAGUCUACGAGCGAGCCACCAGCGGCCCGCUGAAGCACUCCACCUUACUGCACUUCGCACACGCGGAUUAUGAGGAGAGCAGGCUGCAUUAUAAUAAGGUGCACCAAGUAUACACCCGCUACCUGGACAUGGAGGACAUAGAGCCGACGCUGGCCUACGUCCAGUACAUGAAGUUCGCGCGCCGCGCCGAGGGGAUCAAGUCCGCGAGGACUGUCUUCAAGCGAGCCAGGGAGGACCCGAGAUCACACUACCACGUGUUCGUAGCCGCAGCUCUCAUGGAGUACUACUGUUCUAAAGACAAGAACAUCGCCUUCAGGAUAUUCGAGCUCGGGCUGAAGAAGUUCCCGCACAUACCGGAGUACGUGCUGUGUUAUAUCGACUACCUGUCGCAUUUGAACGAGGAUAACAACACUCGCGUGCUGUUCGAGCGAGUGCUGUCGUCGGGCAGCCUCAGCCCCGAGUGCUCCGUGGACAUCUGGAACAGGUUCCUGGAGUUCGAGUCCAACAUCGGGGACCUGGUGUCCAUCGUGAAGGUGGAGCGUCGGCGGCAGGCCAUGCUCGAGAAGAUCAAAGAGUUCGAGGGCAAGGAGACGGCGCAGCUGGUGGACCGCUACAAGUUCCUGGACCUGUACCCCUGCAGCAUCGCCGAGCUCAAGUCCAUCGGCUACACGGAGGUGGCGUCAAUGUCGAAUAAAUCUUGGGCUCUCGGGGGUCCGUUGGCGGGUAUUUCACCCGAACUAGCAGCUGUUAUUCUAGGAAAUAAAGAUAACGACCCAAACAAGGACAUAGCCCGCCCGGACACGAGCCAGAUGAUCCCGUACAAGCCCAAGAUCAACCCGCUGCCCGGCGAGCACCCCAUACCAGGAGGCACCUUCCCCCUGCCCCCCGCCGCCGCUCAGCUGUGCGCGUGCAUGCCGCCGCCCUCCUCCUUCCGAGGACCCUUCGUGGCCGUGGACAUGCUGAUGGACCUGUUCAAUAGGAUCGCACUGCCGGAUAAGGCUCCCGCCCCCACUCAAGAGAACGGUUGUGACACCAAGCUCUUCGACCUGGCGCGGUCCGUGCACUGGAUAGUGGAUGAUGAGGGCAUCACCACCGUCGCUAGCAAGUCCCGGCGGCGGAAGGCAGCCGAUGACUCCGACGAAGACGAGCUCGGCGCAGCCCCGCCCGUCAACGACAUCUACCGGCAGCGGCAGCAGAAGAGAGUCAAGUAGACUAGGCUAAAUUCAAUGUGACACAUUUUACACGAGUACAUUUUUUGUUGGAUUUUUGGAGUCUUGUUCUAACUUCAUAAAGUGGCUUAUUAUUUGACUGUAAUCUAAAGGAGGGAAUGUAUGAUUUAUCUCCAUAAUUAUAUGCUGGGUCCCCCUCGAUCGGGACUAAAAUCAAUAGAGUAAAUUCAAUAGGACACAUUUCACACACGUAUUUUUUUACCUUUGGAGUGAGACUCUUCCUUUGAUUUCAGAUGUAUAAAAAGGAACUUUUGAACAAAUAUAUUGUUUUUUGGCCUAUUCUUGUGUAUA